GAGGCCAUCAAAUGGCCCGAGCUCAACGCCCACGGCGACGGCCCCCAGCCCCCGCUCGCCACCAACCGCACCGGCGGUGCCGGCUUCGAGACCUCGUCCCAGCUCAACCUCGCCAUCCAGCGCCCCGACUCGCGCGCCGGCAGCGUUGCGCCGUCGACCAUGGGCGGCUCCUCGGUUGAGCUCUUCGCCGCUGGCCGUGAUCCCUACGCGGUCCCGCCGCUCCCGCACAUGAACCCCAACAUGCCGUAUCGCGACGAUCCGAGCCAAGUCUACUACGACAACGAACCCUACGGCGCUGCCGCCGCCCCGCCCCCCGAGUCGAUUCCCAUGAGCCAGAUGCGCGCGCGCUCUCCUGGUCCCCAGAUGGCGUACGGUUACCCCACCGACGGACGCGUCAGCCCCGGUCCCCAGCAGGCUCUCGGUGGAAACAACUUGCGCACGGCAAGUCCAGGACCCCAGGCCUCCCUGUACUCUGCCCCGGGUCCUCAAGCAGGUCGCAUGUCUCCCGGACCACAACAGGCAUACCAGCCUGGUCCCGGGUAUUAG